AUGACAUACAGUGAUCUGCAACUGUCCCUGGUCGCGUACAACGAAUCAGUUGAGCCAAAAUUCCGAUUCGAUAUACAUCAAUGCACAUUCAAAGACGUCGUUGAGGAACUGGACCAUGCCCGUGGAGCCUACGAGAAUAAUGCCAACGGGCUAUCUGGGAUACUGCAUCGGGGGGUUCGCGCCGCAGGCGACUAUGCCGACCAGAUUACCCCAUGGAUCGCGCAGCAAAAUGCUACCAACCGCGAUAAGAUUCUCCAAGCAUUUGAUAGCAUCCCAGAUUUGAUCCUCUCUGCAAAAGCUCGACAAAAUCAAUGGGCUACUGCUGAAAAGCUACGCACUGCCGCCAUUAGGCUAUAUGAGACUCUGGCUCGGGCAAUGGCUCAACUGAUCUUCCUUCUAAAUGGAAGCACAAGCCACGCGCCGCGGUGGAGCGACCGAGCAAAGAAAAUCAUUCGAAGGCUGACCGCAUCAGCCCAUACAGGCCGUUCAAUAGACUUCAUUCUGGCUGAAGUGGAGGGUCAAGCGGAUAUGUUCGACCUGUGUCUGGAACAUGUACGCGAUCAAAGGGCUAUCGAUACCGGGGCCGAUGUUGCGGAAAACAAGAAAAUAACGAAGAAUAUUGACGCUAAAUUAUCGGCUUUGUCGCAAGCAACGGAGGACGGAUAUGCUAACUUGAUCAAAAAGAUCGAAAGUCACCCAUCUGGUCCAGUCAUAACGAACCUACUGUAUCAGGUAGUUGUACAUGUUGAUCAACCGCAAGAUGAUCGAGCAUGGGGAUACCUAGAGCCAAGGCCACCACUGAAGCUGGACCCCCUACUGGAUGAGCUUGAGCUACAUGACAUCCUCGGUGUUAGCCCACAGCACCUGACAAGCGAUAUACAGCUUAUUCUCAAGGAGCUCGAUCAAUUCACAUCUUUGGCUCAAGCCCAGGCUCAGCAACUUUUCACAUCUCCGGCCUUCAAGUCAUGGAUGGCAUCAACACAUCCUACGAGCCUCCUCGUACAUGGAAACUUUGCUGAAUCCGGCCCAGGUCGUAUAACUCCACUCUCCGUCUUGUGUGCAAUGCUCGCCCUGCAACUUCGCCGCAACAUCAAUGCAGAGAGCAAGCCAACCAUAAUACUUCAUUAUUUUUGCGGUCUUCACGGGUCCCGUCGCAACCGGGUAGACUCUCUUGUCGGACCAAAUGGACUCAUACGCUCAUUGCUCGCCCAACUUCUUCAAACAGGCCGGCAUUUCAAUCUCGAUUUCAUCAACACGAAAGAUUUCGUCCACCAGCUAGAAGCUCACAAUCUUCAAAAGCUAUGCUCCACUUUUCUCGAGCUGAUCGAACAGCUCUCUCGCAAGACUACCGUCAUAUGUAUUCUGGAUGGACUCAGCGAGUUUACCUCGCAGCAUUUCAAGGACGAGUUGAUGGAUGUGAUUCACAUUUUGAAUCGUUUGGUGACACACCGGACUCUCCACCCGAACUUCAAACUCCUUUGCACGACUCCACUUGCUCGAGAUGCAUUGCUCGAUGGACAGUUAAACGUGGAGCAUCUUUUCCAGUUGAGGCAGGCAAUAGACGAUUCAUACGAGUCUGCAUUCACGGAUAGAGCAUUCGAAAACUUGACGUCGCAGGGUAGUCGACUGGAUCAUUUUCGCAUGCGGGUGCGAAUGAAUCAGGCUGCUGAGCAGGAAAAUCGAUACUCUGGCUCUGAUUCGGAAGAGGAUUCUGAUUGGUGA